CCGCCAUCGAUCGCUCGGCGCUCGGCGCGGCGGGCGGAGUGCCGAGGCGGUCGAUGGGACAGCUGACCUGCCGCUGCCGCCGUACCGGCCAUUUCCCGCCGGCCCGGCCCGGAGCGGAGCCCGGCCUCUCCUCCCGCCGCAGACGCCAUGCCUCCGAAAUUCAAGCGGCACCUGAACGACGACGAGGUCACGGGCUCGGUGAAGAGCGAGCGGAGGAACCUGUUGGAAGAAGAUUCGGAUGAAGAGGAAGACUUUUUCUUGAGAGGGCCUUCUGGACCAAGAUUUGGACCCAGGAAUGACAAGAUCAGGCAUGUCCAGAACCAGGUGGACGAAGUCAUCGAUGUUAUGCAGGAGAACAUCACGAAGGUGAUUGAAAGAGGCGAGCGGCUGGAUGACCUGCAGGAUAAAUCAGAAAGUUUAUCAGACAAUGCAACAGCUUUUAGCAACAGAGCCAAGCAGCUUCGGAGACAGAUGUGGUGGCGAGGCUGCAAGAUGAAGGCGAUCAUAGCGCUGGUGGCAGUCAUUCUCCUGCUUGUGAUCAUUGUACCCAUAGUCCUGAAAUACCACACCUGACAAGGCAGCUGGAGGCUUCGGUGGAGCUGGCUCUGGGAUAACCAAACUGCUGUGUAAUUUAAGUGAGAUAUCUGUAUAUAACUUUGAAGUUGUUUUUCUCCAAGGAGCGAGGAGGCGGCGGCGGCAAGUAGCCAGUUCUAACAGAGCGUUUUAAGAACUGCCAAAUGACCCUUGUUUUUGGUCGAGUACCUGCUCCUGCUGUCAGACUUUUUUAUAACGGAAGAUUCAGUUCCCAAACCGCCUGUUUUGUGGAAUUCUCAGUCUCUGGUUUGGAGCUGUCUACUUGCUGCUAUGGUCUAUCUGUAUAUAUGGUUGACUUGCAAUAUUAAUAAUAAUACUGUUUCAGCAGUUCCCUGCUGUGGAAGGCAGAGGGGACUCUGUCCUCCUGUCAGAGUGAAGGAGAGGAAAAAUGUCUGAAGAGAAACAUGCCAUUAUGUUACAGGGAACUGAUCCUUCUGUGGAGAACUGCAAGGGUGUUGUUUCUCUCUUGUUCAAAAAAAAAAAAGGGGGGGGGGGGGAGGGAAGAAAUAAUUAGGUUUUACAAUCCAGAAGACUUCCUGGUCCUGCCAUGGGAAUGCACAAGCUCAGUGUUUUCAGUAUUGCUGCUUACAGCUGUGACUAAAGACAUUCCAGUAAACCUAUUUUUGACUGUA